AUGAGAGAUAGCAGGUUUAAUGAAGAUGACUUCGAUGACGACGAUAAUGCCAUGGAAAUCGAUGUUCCUUAAAGCAAAAUUAAUAAAUUAAAAACAUAAAACUAACUAGAGAAGUUAUUAGGAGAUAGAUAGGCUUUUAGAUCAAAAGGCAAUACUAAUAAAAUAGCUGACCUGUCACCUUACUCUGCAAUAAUAUAGCAGAUAAUAAUUAGAUUGACAAACUUGACUAAGCAGAAGAUUGAGAGUUUCUACAAAAACUAGUACGACUAAGUAAUGGACAUUCUAUACAGAUCAUAUUCAUAGGGAGAUAAUAAUUCAUUUUUGCUAUUAUCAAGAACUAAACAAACUCUACAUUCAUUCAUCUCGCAAAUAUCAAGUGAUAUUACAAUAAAAUUAAAAUCAAAUAAUCAAGAAAACAAUCUCAAGAUUAUCAGAGUAAACUCUAUUCUAAGUAACACUGAGGCAAAGAUACUGAUGAAGCUAUCUGAAUCCCUAAACUUAAAGCAUGCAUCUUAAGCAUUUCAUAGUUUUGAGAUGAUGGAGCAUAUUAAGUAAUACUUUGAUGAGAAUCAAAAUAUUUCAGUGUGUUUUAUUCUUGAGGACAUAGACUACUAUGUAGAGAAUACAAAGCAAGUCCUUCUCUACAAAAUUUUGGAUAUGUUUGGAUAUCUGAAGAUUAAAUUUGUAUUCAUCGCUACCAGUGUAAAACUAGAUAUAGCGGAUUCAUUUGAAAAGAGAAUCAAGAGUAGAUUCAGCCAUAGAAUGAUUCUUUUCUAUGAGUAAACUAUUGAGAAGUUCAUCAAUUGUCUCAGUGAAUCGAUUAGUGAAUUAAUUUGGGAAUGUGAUGAUAUAAAAUAUAGAAAAUAAGUUUUAUUGAUUCAGAAUGCAAUUUGUGCAGUAGAAGUCAGGUAAGUGUUAAAUGAGGAGUUUGAGAUGGGUAAGAAUUAUGAAUAUCUAGCCUAAAUGCUCAGGAUAUCAUUAAGCUCUCUAGAUCAGAUAAUUAGCUAGAAAAUGAUUGCUCCAGAAUAUGAUUAAAUUCUAUAGUCAGAGCUAACUGAUUUCUUUAAUGAUCAGCUAUUAGUCUAAUUAAAGUAAUUUGAAUAGCUUAAAUAAAACUCAGAGCCAAUCAAAAUUCUUGAAAAAAUGACUAAGGCCCAAUUGAUUGUUCUUAUUGCAGCAAAAAAAGUAGCUUAAUAGGCAUCAAUUUUUAAUUUUGAGGCUGUAUUCAAGAAGUUUAGGGAUUUUAUGAAAUCUCACAGUUAAUUUGGAUUAAACUUGUCAAAAUAGGUAUUUCUUAAAACCUUUUUGGAUUUAAUUCAUAAUGGGUUUUUGAAAAGCGAUAGUGAAACAGAUCUCCUCAAUGUUAACAAUAAAAUAGCCUUAGGCUUCUAGCAAAAAGACCUUAACAAAAUGAUUUAUGAGACUAAAGGUAAACUCCAUCUCCCUCAAAUACUUGAAGCAUGGGCACUCAAAGACUGA